AUGCGCGGGAGCACCACCUGCAUGCAGCAGCAGCAGCAGCAGCAGCAGCAGCAGCAACAGCAGCAGCAGCAGCAACAGAAGCAGCAGGAAUAUCAACAGCAGCAGCAACAGCAGCAGCAGCGGCAACACCAGCAGCAGCAGCAGCAGCAACGAAAUUUCAACCCAAAGGAACGGCACCAACAACAGCAACCACCUCCGCCACACCAUCAGCAACAAAAACCCCAGCAGCAGCAGCAGCAGCAGCAGCAAAAGGAAGGACGCAGCAACAGCAGCAGCAGCAGCAGCAGCAGCAGCAGCUGA